AUGGACAGGAGCUUCAUGCCCAAAGUCCAGUCGCCCCAGGCCGUGCCUACACGAGCAGCGCCGUGGGUAGAUGCUUCCCCGCCCAACGAGGAUGGCGAGAUUAUCUUCGUCUCUGGUGUUUCGCUGGCCAUUGGGCUGAAGUCAACCGUACAGUUCUUCACAAAGCCCAAGAAUCGCAAGUGUUCGAUUGCUUUCAGGGUCGUACUUUUCCUUGUCCUUAUUGGCUGGCCUGUCUUCAGUAUGAUGGCAGAGUCGUAUGGCUUUGCCCUGCUAUUCAGUGUGCAUUAA